AAAAUGUCAACAAAUUACUUGUAGCAACUAUAUGUGACAUUUAUUGGCAUAUAUAUAUAUGUACAUAAACAUUCCACUUGACGAACAAUGUACAUACAUAGCAAAUGACACAUUCCGAUCGGUUAUUCAGUCAUGUACAACAUGUAUGUACAUUAUAUACUGGUACGCCUAGGGAAUCAAGGUUAGCAGUCUAGUAUAUUAUAGAAGUCUGUGAUUUUGGCUUCUUACCUUUAAAAACUAUUAUACUAGUAAAUCUAGUAACAAUUUUAGUAUUAUCGGAUUAAAAAAACUAUUGUUAUAAAAAUAAAUCGAAUUUGUAAACAUCGGAAAAAUUAUCGAUGUUGUAAUAAAAAAAGAAUCGAACAUCGAUUAAUCGAUAGUACAUCGCCCAUCCCUAGUUACACGUGCCGACGUGCCGUAUAUCUGCAGAAGAUCUGGCACAUUAAGCUCUCAAAAAAAAAAAACAAGUCAUAAAGUUUGAUUUAAAUAUCAACGUUUACCAAUAAGAUGGCAUUGAUUGAAGAAAUUGAGUCAAAAUCGAAAUAUUUUCAAGAAUUAGAAUUGGACGACAGGAUUCUAAAGAAUUUGAUGCAAACUUAAUUGAUACACUUCGAUUCUGCUUGAGAGAAGAGUCAAAGUGUGUUUUUGAUCAAAGGACAUAUCCAGUUCCAGUAUUGCGAUAGAAUUUUUGGAAAUUCUUCAAAGAGCUGUUCUACGUAAAAAAAUUUACUCAACAUGUAAGAGUGAAAGUAAUAUACAAAUUGCCAGAAGGGUAACAAUAAUGUCGCCAUUUACUAUAAUGGGAAUAUGGGGAAUUGUAGAAAACAAAAAUCAAAAUGAAGAUAAAACCCAAAUUGCAAUGAAGGAACUUCUUGCUAAAGCAGAUAGGUGUUAUAACACCUUAUUUUACAACGCUAUCACAAAACUGGGUUGGAUGGAACCUACAUUAAUACAAGAAAAAGCGAUACCUUUAUUGCUGGAAGGAAAGGAUCUUUUAAUCAAAGCUCGUACAGGUUCAGGCAAAACUGCUGCCUUUACAAUACCGCUUAUUCAGAAAAUAUUAUUAAAUAAACGGAUACAAAAAAAGCAAGAGAUUAAAAGUUUGAUUAUUGCAUCUAGUAAGGAGCUGUGCAAGCAAAUUCAUGAUGUCAUCUUGAGCUUGACGAUAAAAUGUUGUAGAGAAGUCAGAGCAAUUGAUCUUAGUUUAAAAACUGACUUAAAUGCACAGAAACUUUUACUUAGCGAAAUGCCAGAUAUUGUUGUAGUUACUCCAAAUCGAUUAUUACAGCAUUUAAAAGCGAAAAAUUUAGUCUUGAAACGUAGCCUUGAUACGUUAAUAAUUGAUGAAGCUGAUUUGUUAUUUUCAUUUGGUUACGAAAAAGACUUGAAAGCUAUAUUGACUUAUCUACCAAUGGCCUAUCAAGCAAUUUUGGCAUCUGCCACAUUAUCUGAAGAUGUUCAAACUUUGAAGAAAUUAAUUCUACACAAUCCUGCAAUUUUAAAGUUGGAGGAACCACCAUUAGCGCCUCCCACACAAUUAACUCAUUACACUUUAGCUGCAGAGGAAAAUGAUAAAGCUGCUAUUUUGUACGCCUUAUUGAAGUUACAUUUAAUUAGGGGAAAGUCUAUAAUUUUUGUACAUACUGUAGACAGAUGCUACAAGUUGAAAUUGUUCUUAGAGCAGUUUGGUAUUCCAACUUGUGUUUUAAAUUCUGAACUACCAGUAACCUCGAGAUGUAGAGCGAUCUGCCAGUUCAACAGUGGAAUUUAUGACAUUAUAAUAGCAUCGGAUGAAAAAGUGUUAGAAGAGCCGCAUGUGGUAAAAAUGAAAAAAAGCAAACGCAAGCAAGACAAAGAAUCGGGUGUAGCGCGUGGCAUCGAUUUCCAAUUCGUAUCCAACGUAAUCAACUUUGAUUUUCCAUUAAAUUUAAACUCUUACGUACACAGAGUGGGGCGCACUGCUCGCGGAAAGAACCAGGGAACAGCUCUUAGUUUUGUAGCUAUCAGGGAAAGACCAUUGAUGGAAGAAGUGGAACAAAAAUUGACACAUACUUAUAAUUGUGAAAAUCUGUUUAAAACUUACCAAUUUAAAUUGGAGGAAGUGGAAGGAUUUCGAUAUCGUGCAAAAGAUGCUUGGAAGGCCGUUACAAGAAUUGCUGUUCGAGAAGCGCGAUUAAAAGAAAUUAAACAGGAAGUUAUAAAUUGCGAAAAGCUGAAAAGUUAUUUUGAAGAUAAUCCACGGGAUUUAAAAUCAUUACGUCAAGAUAAGACGUUGCAUACUGUGAAACUGCAAUCACAUCUGAAAGAUGUGCCUGAAUAUAUAGUACCACCCACUUUGAAAAAAAUCAUGGGAAUCGAAAAAAGAAAAAGAAAAUUUGACAGGGACGCUGUAUCGUCAGGAGCAACGACUGUUAAAUCAAGACAUCUAGCUCGGGCUUUAAAUCCGUUGAUAAGUUUACAGAUAAAUAAAUCUUCAUAAAUUAAUUUAUUGCAUAAGUAUAUCAAGAUUAUGAUGUAUGAUUAAUUAUAUAUUUACAAGUAUACAGAAAUUAUGUUAAAAGAUUUGUCUUUAAAACCAUUAAAAUUUUUAAAAUAGAUUUAAAAGAGACUGCAAUUUGUUAUUAAUGAAUGGAAAGAAAUAGAAAAGUCGUGUUUAUUGUACUAUAAAAAAUACAGUACGGCUCAAAAGUUUGGUAUUUCCCUAACUUCCUAAUAUCAGAACGAGAGGAAAGUUUUAAUAUCUCUGUAAGAAAUGGUCGUAGAAAAUUAAAAAAAAGUAUUCGAAAGUACACAGAAAUAACUUUACAACUUGUGGUUGAGUUUUUUUUUAAAUUUUUAUUAUGGUUAAAAAUAAAUUUAAAAAUAUACUUUUUCAAGUUUUUUGAAAAUAUGUUGUGUUAAGUCAGUUUUUAAAAUAAUGACACUAAAAAUUUUUUGGCAUUUUAUCUGAAAGUAUUCGAAAUAAAUUUUUAUUCACUUACUGCAAAUUUUUUUAACGAUUUUUUUCGCGAUGCUGUAAGGUUUCAAAAUUGGUGACAAUAUGUGUAAAAUUCGUAUAAAAGUAGGAAAUUUCUAAGGUGAGAUAGUGUGUACUAUUUGUUUAUUUACAUGAGAUUCCUGUAUGAACACUGCUUCGCUCGAGGUAGUAUGUUAUUGCUAGAAUAUUUUCAAUUUUGAAUAAGUAAUGUUCUUAAACUUUUGAGCAGCAUUGUAUAUUUUUUUUAUUUGACAUUUUAAAGUUUUAUAUUAACCCUUGUGUUUCUAACUGGGUACAAAUGUGGCCACUUAACUAGUUUUUUUUUGAAAAUUUUUUGUUUCUGCAAAAAAUUUUUUAAUCGCGUCCGAAUCGUUACAAUUUGAUCAUUUUACUAUCGAAAUAUGCUAUAACUUUAAUUUUUUAAAAGCUGGAAUUAAAAAAUAUAUUGCAUUAAAGUUCACAUACGCCUGGGCCACAACCGGAGUACACGUGUAUCCAUUAGUAGAAAUAUAUUAUUUACGUGCGGUUAUCAAGUCAAUUAAUGAAAAGGCUUGUGAAAUAAAUAAAAAUAAAAAUUUUUAUAAACAGCAAA